AUACAAUUCCAUAAAAGUAACAAUUACAGAAAAACCAUAAAAAUACACAUAACACAACGCAAGAGUCUAAUCUUUCUAUUCUCUUUUCCUCUGAACUCCUGCGGCGUGGAUCCGAGGAGUUUCAGACAAAAACAGCAGUCUUUGCAAACCCUAACUCUCCAAUCUCUUUUACCCACUUCUCCUUUCAACUCUCUCUUUGCUAUUCCUCACAUCUUUUCCUCAUCUCUAUCAGUCAUGGCUGGCUUAGCACCGGAAGGUUCUCAAUUUGAUGCUCGUCAGUAUGAUGCCAAAAUGACUGAGCUGCUUGGGACUGAACAGGAGGAGUUCUUCACAUCAUAUGAUGAGGUUUAUGACAGUUUUGAUGCCAUGGGUUUGCAAGAGAACCUUCUUAGGGGCAUCUAUGCUUAUGGUUUUGAGAAGCCAUCUGCUAUCCAGCAAAGGGGUAUUGUCCCAUUUUGCAAGGGUCUUGAUGUGAUCCAACAGGCACAAUCUGGAACCGGAAAGACGGCAACUUUCUGCUCUGGAGUUCUCCAGCAGCUUGAUUACAGCUUAGUCGAAUGUCAGGCUCUGGUUCUGGCUCCAACCCGUGAGCUUGCCCAACAGAUUGAGAAGGUUAUGCGAGCACUUGGUGACUAUCUUGGUGUGAAGGUUCAUGCUUGUGUAGGAGGUACUAGCGUCCGUGAGGAUCAGCGUAUCCUUCAAAGUGGAGUUCAUGUGGUGGUCGGUACUCCUGGCCGCGUCUUUGACAUGUUGCGCAGGCAGUCUCUUCGCCCUGACCACAUCAAGAUGUUUGUUCUGGAUGAAGCUGAUGAAAUGCUCUCAAGAGGUUUCAAAGAUCAGAUUUAUGAUAUUUUCCAACUGCUGCCACCAAAGAUUCAAGUGGGUGUUUUCUCUGCCACUAUGCCACCUGAGGCCCUUGAAAUUACUAGGAAGUUCAUGAACAAGCCUGUGAGGAUUCUUGUGAAGCGUGAUGAGCUUACGCUUGAAGGUAUCAAGCAAUUUUAUGUCAAUGUUGACAAGGAAGAGUGGAAGCUUGAAACUCUUUGCGAUCUUUACGAGACCUUAGCCAUCACCCAGAGUGUCAUCUUUGUUAAUACCAGGCGUAAGGUUGAUUGGCUCACUGAUAAAAUGCGCAGCCGUGAUCAUACAGUAUCUGCAACUCACGGAGACAUGGACCAGAACACUAGAGAUAUCAUUAUGCGAGAGUUCAGAUCUGGGUCUUCUCGUGUGCUCAUCACCACUGAUCUUCUGGCCCGUGGUAUUGAUGUGCAGCAAGUGUCCCUUGUGAUUAACUAUGACCUUCCUACUCAGCCAGAGAACUACCUGCAUCGUAUUGGUCGUAGUGGACGAUUUGGAAGAAAGGGUGUUGCUAUCAACUUUGUCACAAAGGAUGACGAAAGGAUGCUUUUUGACAUUCAAAAGUUUUACAAUGUUGUUAUCGAGGAGUUGCCAGCCAAUGUGGCCGAUCUCCUUUGAUGCGGUUUUGGUUCUGUGAGGUGAAUUUCUUCUUUAAAUGAAGUAAUUUAAUAUCUUAUUCUUAGGUUAGUUAGAUUUCAACUGGACCUAUAAUUGGGAAAUGUGCCAUGAUUCGCCAUGGAACCUGUAAUUUUCCAGUUUGGUUGGAGUACCUACUAUCAAUUUUGUCGGUUUGUUUUUAUUUUGUAUUGUAAGUCCAAAUUAACUCCAAGUUUUGGAUGUUUUUUGAAUUUUUAUUGAGAUUUAACUCUUGGCCUUGUUAUUGUGUAUGAGGAAAGUUUUAGAGGCAAGUUGUUUUA